AUGCUGAUUGGAGAGCCAACUUGCAAGGGUGUCGACCAGGGUCAGCUCAACGAUGACGUCGUCUCGUCUUCAACUUUGUACUACAGGAUAUUGACAUGGACAAUUCUUCAAAGAUACCUAGAGUAUAUCACCAUACAUGUCCUCGGACCACGUUACCUACUGGUCAUCCAUGCAAGCAUUGCUUUCGGAGUGCCGGCAUCAACGAGAAUGGAAACAAUAAAAUCCGCAUUAGGGGGCGGCGGUAAUGGCGCUGAUGGCGACGCGCCCGGCGACGUCCAGCUCCCUGGAGGCAAGGACGGCGGCGACGGCGACAUGCCAUCUCGUGAAGAGAUGCUCAAGACGAUCGAGUCGCUGCAAAAGGCGCAAAAGGCGCAGACGACGGCCAACAACCUCAAGUCGAAAGCGAUGGCGAUGACGAACUCGACGCAGCGCGAGAAGAUGCUCAAAGAGGCCUUUGACAAGGAAAUGGAGGCCCACGGGCACAGCAAGAUGGCCAAACGCCUGCAGAGCGGGACGUGGCAAGGGCUAGGCUUCGGCGGGGGCAUCGGCGCCGCGUCGGGUCUUGGUCUCGGUGCCGGCGUGGGCACUGUCCUCGGCGCGAUCCUCGCCGUGCCGAGUACCGGGCUGGGCAUGCUGGUGGGCAGUGGAGUGGGCGCCAUUCAUGGGCCGUGGGUCAAGUUGGGAGGCGGGAAGGAGGAGCCGUUUGAGGACGCGGACCCGGAGAAGGUGGUUGAUGCGUUGGAGGAGGAGAGGAUGCAGCAGCAGCAGCAGCAGCAGGGUGGUGCGGGGGGUGGUCAGGGUCAGCCGCAGUCUCAGCCACAGUCGACGGAGACAGGGGAGAAAGCGAGAAGGAAACCCCCGAAACUGGAGGUUCGGUCGAAAAAGAAUGCUGAGACAGAGACCGGGGCAGGUAGAGGGCGGCAGCAGCCCGAUGCGGCGAGUGACAAGGGCGCUGUGAAUGUGAAGGAGGGCGUCUCAGAGGAAUCGAAGCCGAGGAGGAAGCCCCCGAAACUGGAGAUAAGAUCUGGAAAGGCAGGCAGUACAGCAAAGGCAUGA